ACCAGAUAUAUUCAAUAAACAAAUUUGAAAAAAAAUUAACGAUUUUCUAAAUAAAAUUUUACAAGAUGACAAAAAUACCUGAACCACUUCAUAUUUUUGGCGAUUUUAAUCAAGAAUCCUAUGUGACAGCUAUUGAUAUUCACAAGUCCAACAAUGGUGAGAUUUUUGUAAUCUGUGGCUAUCACAAUGGUCUUAUUUCAACAUGGUUACUUUCCACAUAUCGAUGUCAACAACAGAUACAAUUAGAUGAUCAUAUAAAGGAUAAAAAUAUCGAAUUAUCACCAGUAAGAUCAUUAAUCUAUAUAAAUGCUCGACAAACAUUAGUGAUACGAUUGGCACGUGGAAAUGUCUUACUUUUUCAUUUUGAUUUGAAUGAUUCCAAAAAAUUUUAUCUUAUAAAUCAUUGGCGUACAUUUGAGCUAACAUUUGCCAAAAUGACCUCCCUAAUAGACGAUCUAUUCAUUCCAUAUCUAGAUCCUGAUAAUUCUAAUCAAAUUAAUUUGAUGCAUUUAUAUCAACCCAACGUGAUCAUUAAAAUCAUUGCAAAGGAAAAAAUUGAUCACGGAAUCAUAAUGGCCAUUCAUUCGUUUAUUGAUUCGGAAAAAUUUCUCUACAAUUUUAUCGCAUAUGAAGAUGGAUUUCUAACAAUUAACAAGAGUUAUUUUGAUUCUAAUAAAACAAUCAUGGACUCGGAAACAAUAUCAUCGAUUCAAAUACAAAAUGAAGGCAUCCUUCAUAUGGAUUACAAUGAUUGCGUAAAACAAGGUAUAGCUUGUUAUGCACCUAAUGAAGUUGUUUUAUGGAAAUGUUCGAUUGGUAAUGAAAGGUUGAUUGACAAUUCAAAAAUCAAACGAUUCACAAUCAAUAGUGAAAGUAUAACCUGUUGUUCUAUUCGACCGGAUGGUAAAAUUUUUGCUAUCGGAUCUGGUGAUGGAAGAAUUCGAAUAUUUUCGACUAAAAUUGGACGACCAUUAGCUGUAAUAUCAUAUCAUCAUGAAUCUAUCGAAACACUUCGAUUCACUUUAAAUCUUCACUCUAAUAACGAUGGUGAUAAUUUGAAAAAAUAUCUUUUAUUCGCCUCUUCUCAAGAUGGAUCCAUUUCAAUUUGCGUUUCAACAUAAGCGGCGGAAAUGCUUGAUCCUUUACCAGACUCAAUCAAUUUUUUUGAAGCCGAAGAAAAAGUGUUUAAAUUUUGGAACGAAGUAGAUGCAUUUCGUACUUCGAUCAAACAAUCGGCCGAUGCAAAUCGACCGGCGUAUGUUUUCUAUGAUGGUCCACCAUUCGCCACUGGUCUGCCACAUUAUGGUCAUAUUUUAGCCGGUACCAUCAAAGAUAUUGUUUUAAGAUGGGCACACAUGUCCGGCUAUCAUGUGGAACGACGAUUUGGCUGGGAUACACACGGUCUACCCAUUGAAUAUGAAAUUGAUAAAACAUUGAAUAUUAAGAGCCCGGAAGAUGUGAUGAAGAUCGGCAUCAAAGCUUAUAAUGAUGAAUGUCGUAAGAUUAUUAUGCGUUAUGCGGAUGCAUGGGAAAAGAUUAUCACUCGACUUGGUCGAUGGAUUGAUUUCAAAAAUGAUUAUAAAACAAUGUACCCCGAAUUUAUGGAAUCAGUUUGGUGGGUUUUCAAACAACUAUUCAACAAAGGUUUAGUCUACAAUGGCGUUAAAGUGAUGCCAUAUUCUAGUGCCUGUUUAACACCGUUAUCGAAUUUCGAAUCCGGUCAAAAUUAUAAAGAUGUUAUUGAUCCAGCUAUUGUGGUUUCAUUCCCAUUGGUCAAUGAUCCUCAAGUGUCAUUGCUAGCAUGGACAACAACCCCAUGGACAUUACCAAGUAACAUGCUGUUAUGUGUUAAUCCUAAUUUGGAAUAUGUGAAAAUCAAAGAUUUCAAAACUGAUCGAAUUUUCAUAUUGCUCGAAUCACGAUUAGAUAUUCUCUACAAAAAACCCAAAGAUGAAUGCGAAAUUUUGGAUAAAUUUCCUGGUAAACAAUUAGAAGGAUUACAUUAUGAACCGAUAUUUGAUUAUUUCAAAGAAUAUGGUCAAUCGAUCAAUGCAUUCAUUGUGGCUACCGAUACAUAUGUCACAGCUGAAAGUGGUACCGGUAUCGUACAUUGUGCACCAUUCUUCGGUGAAGAUGAUCAUCGUGUUGCAAUGAAAAUCGGUAUCAUCACUAAAAGUGGCCGUAUAGUAUGUCCACUGGAUUCAAGCUGUCGUUUUGUCGAACCAGUUGCUGAUUUUCUUGGCAUGUUCGUCAAAGAUGCUGAUAAAGACAUUAUUAAGAAUCUUCGAUCAAGAAAUCGUCUGAUUCGUGAUAGUACUGUAAAACAUUCAUAUCCAUUUUGUUGGCGUUCGGAUUCACCAUUGAUUUAUCGUGCGGUGCCAUCUUGGUUUGUUCGUGUUGAAGAAUUUUGCUCGACAUUAGUUGAAAUGAAUAAACAAACAUAUUGGGUUCCCGAUUUUAUCAAAGAAAAACGUUUCGGAAAUUGGCUACGUGAUGCACGUGAUUGGGCCAUUUCAAGAAAUCGAUAUUGGGGUACACCAAUUCCACUAUGGAUAAGCGACGAUAUGGAAGAAAUUGUAUGCGUGGGCUCCAUCGAUGAAUUGGAACGAUUGAGCGGAAUUCGAGUCAAUGAUUUACAUCGUGAGAAUGUCGAUCCAAUCACAAUUCCAUCGAAACGACCUGGUCAUCCACCAUUGAAACGAGUUUCAGAAGUUUUUGAUUGUUGGUUUGAAUCCGGUUCGAUGCCAUAUGCACAAACACAUUAUCCAUUUGAAAAUAAGAAAAUUUUUGAAGAAAAUUUUCCUGCCAGUUUCAUUGCUGAAGGUGUCGACCAAACAAGAGGUUGGUUCUAUACAUUAUUAGUCAUUUCUACACUGCUUUUUGGUAAACCACCAUUUAAAAAUCUUAUCGCAAACGGAAUGAUUUUGGCUUCGGAUGGCCAAAAAAUGAGUAAACGAAAGAAAAACUAUCCGGAUCCAAUGGAAAUUGUUAAGAAAUAUGGUGCCGAUGCUCUUCGAUUAUAUUUGAUCAAUUCACCUGCUGUUCGCGCUGAAAGUCUUCGUUUCCGGGAAGAAGGUGUUCGUGAUCUUCUCAAAGAUGCCUUCAUACCAUGGUUCAAUGCCUACCGAUUUCUAGUACAAAAUAUUGAAAUUUAUGAACAAAAUAAUCCUGGUAUACGAUUCUAUUUUGAUGCACGAUCCAUUGUUCGUUCUGAUAAUAUUAUGGAUCGAUGGAUUUUAUCAUUCACACAAAGUCUAUUUAAAUUUGUUAAAAUUGAAAUGAAAGCUUACCGACUAUAUACUGUCGUUCCACGAUUAGUACGUUUUGUCGAUGAUCUGACCAAUUGGUAUGUUCGAAUGAAUCGUAAACGAUUGAAAGGUGAAUUUGGGGAACAAGAUACACGUCGUGCGUUGGAUACAUUGUUUUCAGUUCUAUUGACAAUGAUCGAAAUGAUGGCAUCGUUUACACCGUUCAUCACUGAAUAUAUGUAUCAAAAUUUACGUAAAGUUAUUAUCGAUGAUGCUUCAUCUCCGGAUCAAAUGCAGACCACUCGAAUUGAAUCUAUCCACUUUAUGCUUCAUUCGUCGGUCCAAGAAGAAUUGAUUGAUAUUACUGUUGAACGACAAGUAUCUUAUAUGCAAACUGUGAUUGAUUUGGGACGAGUACUACGUGAUCGUCGAAAUAUGCCAUUGAAAUAUCCACUUCCUGAAGUGGUGAUCAUUACUAAUUCACAGCAAACAAUCGAAGAUAUUGAUUCACUUCGUUCAUUUAUAUUGGAUGAACUUAAUGUUCGUGAUCUUAAACUUAGUAUGAACAAAGAAGAAUAUGGUGUUCAUCUACGUGGUGAACCGGAUGCGAAAGCACUGGGUCUACGAUUAAGAAAUGAAUCGAAAAAAGUCAUUCAGGCUAUACGUAAUAUGAGUCAGCAAAAAUUGAUUCAAUUCGAGACCAAUCCAAAUAAUUUUGAAGUUGAAGGAUAUCGUUUAGAACCUGGAGAUAUGAAGCUGACUUAUACUUUAGCCGAGUCUGGUUUGGAUAAAAAUUUGGUCGAUAAAUUUGAAGCCGAUUGCCAGAAUGGUAUACUUGUACUAUUGAAUGUUUGUGCCGAUUCGACCAUGAUAGAUGAAGGAACUGCACGGGAAAUAAUUAAUCGUGUACAAAAACUGCGUAAAGAAGCAAAAUUAGUACCAUCUGAUCCGAUUCGUGUUUAUUAUCGAAAUUGUCCGACAACUGCGAAUACUGUUGAACUUGAUCGUAUCUGCAAGGAAUUUCGCGAUUACAUUGAAAAUACAUUGAAAGCCGAAUUUAUUGAUUUGAACACAAAAAAAUCGUUGGAAAUUAAUUUCCUCAUUGAAUCAACUAAUGAUAUUAAGGGCGAGAAAAUUGAACUAUUUAUUGAAUCAUUAUCAAAUUGUUCAAAGAUAUAACCUAGCUAAAAUUUUAACAUGACAAAGAAAAACAUUCGAAAAACAAACUAAUAAUAAUUUCUGAAUGCAAAUGGCAAUUUAUGAUUUAUUAAUUGAUUCAUAUCAUUCAUUUUAUUUUAAUCGAAAAAAAAUAAAUAAAUAA